UGCUCCCUCGUGUGGUUAUACACACAAACGCAGGACGGCUCGUACUUGUACAAAACAACAACAAUAGAUGUUAUGAUGUCAGCCUGACAGACCAUUUCACCUCAACAGAUGCGACAGCAGAUUGUCAGCGCAGGACGAAAUAUAAUAUAGUUGAUAUCAGAUAUUAUUGUUUCCUCAGUGAAGAGCUCAGAUCUGCGCCAGAAGCACAGCGACAGAGGCGUCGACCGUCAUCAUGGCUUUCCUCGGAAGAGUGUUUUCUCUCACAGUUUUGUUUGGCUUUGUGACCGCUGACUUGCACAAAAGAACAGCUCCUGUGUUCCUGGAGAAGUGGGAUGCUCUUAGUUUAAUUUCCCGCCAGAAGAGAGCCAACACGGGUGAUGAAGAGACUAAACUCCCUGCCAGCCUCGAGAGGGAGUGUUUGGAGGAAGUGUGUGAUUACGAAGAAGCAAGAGAAGUCUUCCAGGAUAAUUAUCGCACAGAUAUCUUCUGGUCUGUCUACAUUGAUGGUGACCAGUGUGCUGAGAAGCCAUGCAAAAAUGGAGCCAUGUGUUCAGAUAGUGUGGGGGGCUUUGACUGCAUUUGUAAAUCAGGCUUUUCAGGAAUCAACUGUGAGACAGAUCAAACGAUAUGUGUAAUCGAUAAGAGCAAAGGGUGCAGUCAGUUUUGUAAGCCGGGCUAUCAGUCGUACGAGUGCUCGUGUGCGUACGGCUGGAAACUGCAGCAGAGAGAGAAGUGCGUGCCAGCUGUAACGUUUCCAUGUGGAAAAGUGGCAAGUUUGAGUCAGUGGGACAGACGUCAGUCAACCAACACACAGUCAGACUAUCAAGGACUCACCUGUGCCCAAGAAGAGUGUCCCUGGCAGGCGAUGCUGCAACGUGGAUCGGUUGGUUUCUGCAGUGGGGUGAUCUUCAAAGAGAACAUGGUUCUCACCACCGCCCAGUGUGUUAGGAAGCACGACAGCUUUCAGGUGGCGGUGGGUAAAAGGGUGACCUCAUUCGAAGCAGGAGAGCAGACGCUUCAGGUAAAGCAGGUGCACAUCCACCCGCUCUAUGUUGAGGGCAAACCUGACAAUGACGUGGCUGUAGUAGAGCUGACGCAGAAGAUGGUCUUCAAGAAGAGCGUGCUUCCAGCCUGUCUGCCUGAUAGAGACUUCGCUGACAGUGUGCUCAUGGCGGGCGACUACAUGGGUGUCGUCACCGGCUGGAAGGAAGUUUCCGGUGCAACGGAUCUUGAAGGGAACCUCAUGUUAAACCACCUUUCCUACGACAAACUGCUUGUUUGCUCACAGCGCCACUCUGGUCAGGUCACCAACAAAAUGGCGUGUACUCUGCCUCGUGCUAAAGCAGACUGCGUCUUGGGACAGGGCAGUCCUGUGCUCACGCUCUACAGAGAGGUGUUCUUCCUCACCGGCAUAGUCAGCCAACAUCCAGGAACCGACUGCAAGAACGGUUAUGUCUUACAGAAAGUGUCCCGCUUCUUGCCAUGGUUAAACACAUUCAUGCGCCCAUAAUGAAAGAGAAAAUAAUUCAUGUACGAUAGAUUUCUACCUUGUUUUUGUUUUAGUUGACAUUGCCUUCGUUCCCACUUGUACACAGUAAAUUAUAAACGUUAGAAACAGUCAGAGUUCGUCGAGGGGGGGGCUGUUCCAGAAAACAUGGUUAACUUACAUGUACCCUCAACUCUCGGUUGAUAAACCCAAAACUUGUUUACUCAGGGUGUAUCUAUUAAUACGGCUUUAUAAUUUAGUGUCUAUCUGUGAGUCCCAUUAUAAGUCCUGUAGCUAAUAAAGAGAUCCUUUUAAAUGCGGAGCCAUCAACAUGUAAGAUGAGAAAAAGUUGGUUUUAAGAUUUGGAAAGCACAGAAAUUCUAUGUUGAUUUCCACUACAAAUACCAUUACAAACUAUCAACUUUAAACCAUUAAAACCAUUAAAAAUGGUUUCCUGUAGUUUGAUUUGGGACAUGUAGCAUUAGGUAUUGGUGGAUCGAACAAGCCACCAACAGAAGGUGACCAAAUACUAUUAGAGACCAAUAGGCACCAUUACAGUUUCCAUUAAAAUCAGUAUAAUAUCCAUAAUAACUGAUAAAACCAUUGCAAAUUCUGUGAUGUUCUUUUUUUUUAAGCGGUAGGGUGGUGGUGUACACAUACGGUGAAGCCAUCCCUGUCACAUAUCCUGUUCCCUAGAAGUAUGUGUUUGGAAAAUAGGAUAUUACAUCUACUUAAAUCCCCUGAAAGUUACAUCAGUUUUUGGAAUGGAAAGCUGAGUUUUUCUGGAAAACCCCCUCAGAAGUGAUCCGAUUUGUGCUGUAGGUCCUGAACUUCUCUUGUAGUGAACCGUUUCACAUUGAUUACAAACACAUUUAGUUUUAUUUGAAGUAACAUGCACUGAUUAAUAUUUCAGAGUUACACAAUGCAUGUGCAACAAAGGGGUCUUGAUACAUAUUUUUUUUAUUAUUAUUUAAGUUCCAGACAUACAUUUUUAUUCUGGGUUUUUUGUGUGUGUACCAAAUCACUACUAAAUUAGAUAUAUAUUUGACCAUUGUAUUACUAACUGAGCAUGAGUACUGCAGAUGGCAUAAAUAAGACACUAAAACCAAUUACAGCUAGCUUUCUAUAAGCUUGAUGUUGGAAAUGAUUGCACCAACAAAAACUGAACAUCUGCUUGAGUUUACCUUGACUGUGUAUUUUAUCAUAAAUGUUGUAUUAUUGGACAAGUGACUCCUGGACCAUAAAUAAAAAACAGUAUUAAAUAAGA